CCAGCCUGCUCCAACUCUGCUCUGCACACACUCCAGUUCAACAGCUCCUCUCUACUGUCUGCUUCAGAUGAUGCCUUGGAUUUAGUCUACCCACAUGAUUGAUAUGAAUAAGACACUGGAGAAAAUACAUACUUCUGGAAGCCUUGGACAGAAAGCAGAGAUAUUUCAGAGUGAAAGGGGGGAUGUGAGUGACUUUACCAGCCCUACCCUCAUCCCGUUGGAGGAUCCUUUACUAACACCAAAUGCUCAGAAGACCAGACCUAAGCUGUGCAAGGGGAGCAGGAGCAUUAAAGAGGGAGAGGAGUCCUUGUCUUCCCCUGUUCCAAACCACUUUCCCGAACUUCUCCCUUCAACUCUCUCUCCCUUCAUCUCUGAAUGUUUAUUACCAUGGACCAAAAGUAGCACAACUCAGGUAAUUAAAGUUUAUAAUGAAGACAAUACUAGCAAAGCUGUAGAGGUUCCCACUGAUGUCACCGCCCGGGAUGUAUGCCAGCUGUUUGUAUUGAAGAAUCAAUGCAUUGAUGAGCAUAGCUGGACACUUUUUGAUCACCUCACCCAUCUCGGAUUAGAGAGAACCAUUGAGGAUCAUGAGUCUGUCAUGGAGGUGCUAUCAGGUGGGGGAAUGGACACAGAGAGCCGGCUAUAUUUCAGAAAGAAUUAUGCUAAAUAUGAAUUCUUCAGGAAACCCCUGGACUUUUUCCCAGAUCACAUGGUCUCCAUAUCCACUGAAACCAAUGGCAUGGCAGAUCAAUCUGAACUUAUAGAGACCUUUCUCAAAUCCAGCACUUGUCCAGAGAUCCAUGGGUAUCUCCAUGCUAAAGAGCAAAGCAGGAAGUCUUGGAAAAAGUUUUAUUUUGUCUUGCGCAGGUCAGGACUUUAUUUCUCCAGUAAGGGGACUUCCAAGGAACCAAGGCAUCUCCAGUUCUUUGCUGAAUUCAGUGACAGUGAUGUCUAUACUGUGUUGUCGGCCAAAAAACUACAUGGAGCCCCCACAGAGUUUGCCUUUUGCAUCAAGCCUACAAAGUCCAGUUCAGCUCGAGACUUGAAGCUGCUGUGUGCAGAUGAUGAGCAGACCAAGACCUGCUGGAUCACAGCCAUGCGCUUGUUAAAGUUUGGAAUGCAGCUUUACAAAAAUUUCAUUCAGCCACAUCAGAAGCAAAAAGCCUCACCAAUGAGAAGCAUCUCAGAAAACUCACUGGUGGCCAUGGAUUUUUCUGGCCAAAAGACUCGGGUGAUUGAGAACCCGUCUGAGGCACUGUCUGUGGCUGUAGAGGAAGGCCUGUCAUGGAGAAGAAAAAGCUGCCAUCGCUUGAGCGGUCAUGGGAGUACAUCCACUGCACAGAGCUCCAUACCAAACAUAGCAGUUCACAUGGCCCAGCCGUGGUUUCACAGUAAACUGUCUCGGGAGGAAGCUCAGCGACUUAUUGCUCAGCAGGGUCUCAUUGAUGGAGUGUUUCUUCUGAGGGAAAGCCAGAGCAAUCCGAAGACAUUUGUUCUGUCCCUGUGCCAUUUGCAGAAAAUCAAACACUUUCAGAUCUUACCAGUGGAUGAUGAAGGAGAGCUGUUUUACAGUUUGGAUGAUGACCACACACGGUUUACUGACUUGAUCCAGUUGGUGGAGUUUUACCAACUAAACCGUGGGGUUCUUCCCUGCAAGCUCAAGCACCAAUGUACUCGGAUUGCCCUGUGAACUGGAACCCAAGAGACCCCAGAGGGCUUACAUGCACCUUAACUCCAGGUUCUUGUGGACAACCCUCCUCGUGUUCUUGUGCCUUGAAGAAGAAGGAUUAACAGACGGUGGUUUAAUUAUGUGGUGCAGCCUUAUUUCCUUUUUUUUUUUUUUUUUUUUAAGAAAAAGCAGACUUUCAAAAUGAACUUCAUGAUAACUGACUGCUGGUGCUGUAACUGACAUGCAAGAUACUUUCUAGCCCUAUAAUCAUUCUGAAUGUGGCAGUAAGUCAAAAGUGUAAACCUGACUUUACAGUGCAUAUUGUGCUGGAAGCUGGAUAUGUUCUUAAAACAGUUUAGCUGGGAGUCAAGGAAAAUAGUUUCAGAUGUAUACCAGCUGGAAUUUGUUUAAAGUAUUACAAAUGACUAUUGAUUAAGGUCUGUCCAAGCUAAAGAUGGUUUAAUCCAACAAGGAUUGUAUAGUUAUAAUUGUAUCAUGCUGGAAACAGUAAUAAGUGACACCUCUAUUCUGUUAACUUCCAUCUUACUUUUCAUUUUAAUUAAUGUUUUAAAAAAAAAAUCUUUUUUCGGUUUUUUUAGAAAUUGAUUUUUUUCCCUCUCUUUCUAAUUGAGAGACAAAUGACCUCUCAGGAAGUGUCAUUGCAUGACCUGCAACCAGACUGAGAAAAAAAGGGUAAAGAGGGAAAGAAAGCUGAAGAGAUGCCACACAGCCUCACUAACCUGCACUGUACAUUCAUUUAAAAUGAAUGUGAUUAAAUGAAAUGUUUGUAUCCAUGCAAUUAUCUUUUGCAAUGGAAUGGAAUAGUUUAUAUAAACUGUAUGUGUACAGCAGUGAGAAAAAAAAAUGAACAUGUACAUCACUUUGAAAAUAUCAGAAUUACUGUAUAAUGAAAUAAAUUUUUUGUAUUUUCCCGAGAUUCAGGAGUGCAAUCUGCAACACGGUUACAUUUUGAUGUUAAUGUCACUGAUGUUUAUCCAGUAUGGAUAUGAUUUUGUGUCACUGUUGUGGAUAGUCAGCAUCAUUAAGUUUUUUUUUUGUUGUUGUUGUUGUUUGUUUUUGUGUUUUUUUAAGUCAAUAAUGCAUCUGUUUUAAAACCAAAGUAUUUGUAAAUGGCAUGGCUCCUGUUUUUCUUCCCCAAGACUGCACUGAAUGAUUAAUACCAUGGAUAGAAUGAAUAGUCCUUAACUCUUGUCUCUUAUUUGAUUUACAAGUGUUUGCUGGCACAUUUGUCAGAAAAAACUGCAAGGUGAACACAAACUGCUUCCAGUGAUGUUUAGAAACUUCCAUCAAUGUGUUAUGAUGCUGGUAAAAGUACUGUAAAUUACAUAUGCCCAUAUACUCAGCCUUUAUUUGAA